AUGAAGGCCUUCCUGUUGGCAAUGACUGUGACCUUUGGUCUGCUGCAGGUCCACGGAGAUUUAUGGAAUUUUGGGAAGAUGGUCUGGAAGUCAACAGGGAAAAACAUUGCGUCCAGCUUUGGUCUCUAUGGUUGCCACUGCCACUGGGGUGGCAAAGGGGCCCCCAGAGAUGCCACAGACUGGUGCUGUGCUGAGCACGACUGUUGCUAUCGCCGCCUGGCAAAACAGGGAUGUCAGACCAGAGCUCUACCCUACAAGGCUGAUUACAGCGGCGGCCAGAUUCACUGUGAGGAACAAGACGCCUGUAGUGCUCAGAAGUGUGAGUGUGACAAAACAGCAGCCCUCUGUUUUGCAAAAAACUUGGAUACAUAUAAUAAAACCUACCAGUUCUACAGCAGAAGGAAGUGCAGAGGGAAGGCCCCCCAGUGCUGAAAGCACCUCUCCCCUGGAAGCAUCUGGACUGAGUCUCCGUCUCUUGGAACCCGGCUCCACACCAUUGUCCACUCCCUAGAAAUGAAGCCCUCCUGUCCUGUCCAAGCAGGGAUCUCAUCU